AAUUGUCGUUUUAAGGUUAUAAUUAUGGCUUGAUACAGAAUGUUAUAUUUAUAAAUUACCAUUGUUUUCGUCUGGAAAAGUAACAAAACCAUGCGUAUUUUAAAUUCUCUUCAUCUGAAGACUUGAUAUUUGAUUGUAAAAUUAUUCGGGAGUUAAUCAGUUUAUUACGAUCCUCGGAUCGUGAACCUUGGUCAUCUUCAACAAAAGUGCUAAAGUGAAAUAUCUACCAGUGGGAAAUUUUUAUUUCGGCAAUAGAAUUAAUAUAUGUUUUUCUUAAAUUUAAAGAACCUAUAUGAGUAAAUCUGUUUUUAAAUCUAGAAAUAAUGGAACAAACUGUUACUACUUCUCAGGGUAGUGAAUCUGAUAGAGAUUGUUCAGACAAUGAAUUUUGUGAUGAAUAUUAUAACACCAACGAUGAUUUUGAUGUAGAACAGGUAGAUCCUAAGAAAAAUGAUCCCGAGUAUUUUGAAUUUAAUUGUCUUUUAGAAGAACAGGUUGAUAGACUUUUGAAUGAAACUGUUGAAAGUUUAAGUAAUAAUUUACAAAUAUCACCUUCUCUUGCAAAGGUUUUAUUACAUAGUCACCAGUGGAAUAUACAAGAAGUAACUAGAAAAUUUAAUGAAAAUUCUAGAAAUACACUUAUAGCAGCUAGAAUUGAACCUUCAACACCUCCAAGUAAUUUACUUUUGACUAGAUAUAUUGGUUGUCCAGUCUGUGUAACUGUUCAACCUUUAGAUAAAUUUUAUAGUCUAUCUUGUGCUCAUAUGUUUUGUAAAGAUUGCUGGACAAUGCAUUUUGAAGUACAAAUAAAUCAGGGCAUUUCUACAGGUAUAGCUUGCAUGGCUAGAAAUUGUAUAGUACUAGCACCAGAAGAUUUUGUUUUAAAACAAUUACAGCGUCCCAGUAUGAGGCAAAAAUAUCAACAGUAUUCAUUUCAAGAUUAUGUGAAAUCUCAUCCUCAACUACGAUUUUGUCCCGGUCCAAAUUGUUCUAUAGUUGUACAUAGUAAAGAGAUAAAAGCAAAAAGGGCAAGUUGUAAUCAUUGCAAAACUAUUUUUUGUUUUAAAUGUGGAUGUGAUUAUCAUGCACCCACAGAAUGUCAAGUAAUAAAGAAGUGGUUAACAAAAUGUGCAGAUGAUAGUGAAACAGCUAAUUAUAUUAGUGCACAUACAAAAGACUGUCCCAAGUGCCACAUCUGUAUUGAAAAAAAUGGUGGUUGCAAUCAUAUGCAAUGCUAUAACUGUAAACAUGAUUUUUGUUGGAUGUGUUUAGGUGACUGGAAGUCACAUGGUUCAGAAUAUUACGAAUGUUCCAGAUAUAGAGAAAAUCCAAAUAUAGCAUAUGAAUCAGUACAUGCUCAAGCUAGAGAAGCACUAAAAAAAUAUUUGCACUAUUACGAACGGUGGGAAAAUCAUUCCAAAUCAUUAAAAUUAGAAGAACAGACAUUGGAAAAAAUGAGGUUUAGAAUUAACCAAAAGGUUAUGUCAGGUUUAGGAACAUGGAUAGAUUGGCAGUAUUUGUUCACUGCAGCAAGCCUUCUUGCUAAAUGUAGAUAUACUUUGCAAUAUACUUAUCCUUAUGCUUAUUAUAUGGAGUCAGGGUCUAGAAAAGAAUUGUUGGAAUACCAGCAAGCUCAAUUAGAAGCUGAAAUAGAAAAUCUCUCGUGGAAAAUAGAGAGAGCUGAAACUACUGAUAGAGGAGACUUAGAAAACCAAAUGGAUAUUGCUGAAAAACGACGUGCUACUCUUUUAAAAGACUUUUUACAUGUGUGAUAUCGUUUAUAGGUGUACAUAAUUUAUUUAUUACCUUUUUAAUGUAUUUACAGUUCUGUCUUUAUCAACACAGCUUAUUGUUUGUAAGGGACAGUAAUGGAGAACACCAAUUAAGUAAACUUAUUAUAUUUAUUACUUGGAAACAGUUGGUCCUAGUAGAGGAGCUGUGAACCAAAGAAAAGUGCCUCUCUUCAUUAAGAAACAUUUACAGUGAAUCUAUCAAAGUUUGAAAUAUAAAAUGUUAGCCAGGUUAAACUAAAUAUGAUAAAAUAUUGAAUGAAAUCAUGAAAAAAUCUGAAUGGUAAGGUUUUAACUUUUAAUCUCUAAUCAAUUACAGUCAGUGAUCAAUUUAAAUCAGAAUAUUUUGAAUAAGUUAAAAUUUGUAAACCUUAAGGUACAUCUGGUAGUUAUGGGACACUUAAAAGUUUUAUUUGAUUUCAAAUUGUGUUAAAAUAUUUAAAAUCCCCUACAAACUUUAUUUACAUUUAAUCCAAUAGUAAAAGUUAUAUUCUUCAUAAAAUGUUUAAACGAAAUUAAUUGUUGACUUAAUAUAUCAAUAAACCUCUCAAGUUCUUUGAUUAUUUGCAAAGAAAUUUUAUCAUGAGCUGGUGAUGUGGUCUUUUGGUUAAAAUACACACCCUCGCCAUCAUUGGUGUUUCAGACCUAUAAUAGAGCCUCAAUCUUUCCAAGUCUCUUACGCCAGUCAGCCUUAUCCGUUGUCAACUGUAGCCAGUUUGUUGCACCUAUUUUUCUAAUAUGAUCAUCUACAGCAUCCUUUCACUGAAGUUUUUGCCUAUCUCUUUGUGCACUUCUUGCUGGCUAUGACAUGGAUAUAUAUAUAUAUAUAUAUAUAUAUAUAAUAUAUAUAUAUAUAUAUAUAUAUAUAUAUAUAUAUAUAUAUAUAUCACUCAUAAGGAACUUAAUCAUUAAGUAGCUAUUACUUAGAGGAGUUUUAAUAUGUACAUCAAGAAAUAGGUGGAUGUAAGUACAAAACAAAAUAUUCAAUCCUAAAUUAAUUUAUAUAUCUAUAUACAAUAGAACAAGGUGUGAAAUUCUUCUUGUUUGCCUAAUAACUACUAGAUUUAUACUUUUUGAACUAUUACAAAAUAAACUAAUCACUAUUACUUUGUACUAUAAAGAACAGAGAACUAAAAAAAUAAUGCACUUUGAAUAUUUUUUCUUAAUUAGAUAAAAUCAAUACCAAAAAGCAGAUAUGACUGUGAGUGGCACUAAAAAAAUAUAAAAAAAGCAAGAUUUUCAAAAUAUGUUAAUAGGAAUAAAUUCAAUUAAUUUUUAAGAAUAAACUAGAUAUAAGCAGCUGGUAAUUAUUAUACAUUUCAAAAGUAGAGCAAAAUAUAGGUAUGGAAGGUGUAGGAUAUAUUGAAAUGAAUGAACAG